CCUGGAUAGAGAAACACUACCGUGGCUCCCGCGGAUAAGAGAUUGGAAUACUCAGUUUUGUUCUUCUUUCAACAACCAUGAAAAAGCAAUCAUUGAAAUGGACGUCUCUCGCGAAUGGCUAUAUUAGCGAUGUUAUGGCUAUUGUGCACGAAUUUAUCCUCAGGGCUCUAAUUCUGGCCAGCCCUGAUGCCCGCGUAUGCCACAAUUUGCGAUCUAUUCUACUGGAAAAUCUCCUAGAAAGGUACAAAAAGGCAGUUGAUGAAGUCGCAUUUCUCUAUGAUGAGUGAUCAGACACCUCGAUGACAUUGAAUCACUAUCUCAGCGAUUCUCUUGAGGAAUGGUAUUGUUGCGGAGGAUGAGCCUCUUGUAGGUUGCUGCUUUAUGGGUGAGG